UGUGGAUCUAUGCCGACCCUCCUCCAUCAUGAACGAGAUUCCACAGGAGCUGGUCGACCGAAUCAGCAGCUACCUCGAUCGCGCAGACCUCAAGAAUACACUGUUAAUAUCGCGCAAGUUUCAAUCCGCAGCAGAACGAUACUCUACGGCUUUCCAGAGUUAUGUUUUGACCGAAAGCAAUGCCAGAGUAUUUUCAGAGAGAUAUAGCAGCCGCAGGUUCCGUUACCUUCGAUAUUUACACUACUACACCCACUUCCCUAAGCUUGAUUCGAACGACAAGGAAGAGAAUUGUCGGGAAUCAUUAGAGGAGCUCGAGCUGUUGGAUAAGGAAUUCACUCGCCAAAUUGAGUUUCUCUUCUCGACCGUGCAGGCAAUUGAAUCACAGCUAUGUACUGAGAUUAGCCCGGGGAAGAUACACCUAUCAAUUUAUACGCCCACGCGAGCUAUCAACCAGGAUAAAUUCUGCCUCCACCAUACAUUCAUCAGCUGGCGCGUUCAAUUGCUCUCCUCUUCGAGUCUUCCAAGCCUUUUCUCGAUACGGUGCCUAACUGUGGUUGCCCCGGACCAGGUAUUCUAUUCCAAUGGCCCCACACCGGCACUGCGCAGAAUCGAUCACCGUAUCCUUCUAGAUCUUGCCAACUUGCUUCCGAAUCUGGAUAUCUUGCAGUGUAUGGUUGGUGGCGAUGAAUGGCAUGGCAGCUUCGAAAACCCUGGUUUGCGGCACAUAACACGGGACUGCGCAGGACCUCGCAGAGACUCGCGCCACAACUUUAGGAAAGCGCUUGAUACGCUUUCGGUUCCUUCAUUGCGUCAUGUUGACUUAGACUUCCUCUAUCCGCUCGACCAUGUGAGACAGAUAGAUCAGCGACGAAUAUUGCCGAAUCUUGUCAAGCCUGCAGCUUUCGACCCGUUGAGUACGAGUCUUCGCCUCAUAUCCUAUCAGCUUCGCAGCAUGAAGAUCUGUGUUGUGGCAGAUGAGACACUGUUCUGGCCCACGGAAGGAUACGGAAGCACACCUGCUUGGCCUAAUCUCGAGCGAAUCAAUGUCAUGUUCCACAUGUCAACGCCAUCCGGCUCUUGGUAUUUCGAGGGACUACCCGGAGUAGGAGCCACCGAAGGAUUUGAGAUUACUUCCGACAUGUACCCACCCCUGACUACAACUGCCGAAGAUCUGGAUGAUGAUGGGUAUGCAGUAGAUGAGAACUGGGACGAUGAACACAGGACUGUUCAAUUUCGUGUCAGUCCCAACGAAAAGUUACUGAUACCAUUUCUCACGGCAUUUGCUAGGGCUGCCGGACAGAUGCCUCGUCUAGAGAGUGCUGAGCUUUGGUCACCCUUGGAUCUUGACCUUUCAAGGCUGGAAUAUGAGUACGAAGGAUUCGACACAACCCAGGUGCCCAGUUUCUCAGACGGAACACUCGGGUGGGGAGUGGCUUACAGAAAGCCGGGCGUGGAAGCGUUCGAUAUAUUGCCGGGUGAAGACUUCUGCCCCAGUCGCCAGAUAUGGUGGCGGAUGGCGAGGUGGCGCCCUCCUCCUGAGUUGCAAAGUCUCUUCCGACGAAUCGGGAAAGAAGAAUAUGGAGAAGGUCUUCUUGAAUACUGGGGAGCUGAUCAAUGCGAUAGAGGACUGCCGUACUACCGGGAGUUUGACACGUUUGCAGCUAUAUCCUUGCCACCUUCUGUCGACCUGUUUCAACACGGCGGCGACCAGUGUGAUGCAAUACGGUAA